AUGAAUUGCAUGGUCGAUGUGAUUCGGAUAGGAAGUUUCCUUCCUGACAUCUAUCUAUCUAUUUAUCUAUCUAUCUAUCUAUCUAUCUAUCUAUCUAUCUAUAUAUUUCUCAUCCACACAAUUGAGACAUGCUUGCGGGGGUGUUUGUUUGUUUUUUCUUUCUUGAUUGCUCUUUCUUUUAUUUCUUUCUUUCUUUUCUUUUUUUUAUUUCUUUCUUUUUCUUUUUUUCUUUUUUUUUCUUUACUUUGCUUGUUUUCUUUUCUUUUUUCUUUCCUUUCUUUCUUUUUUUUUUUAUUUAUUUCUUUCCUUCCUUGUUUUCUUUUCCUUUCUUUCAUUCUUGCUUUCUUUCUUUUUUUUCUUUCUUUCUUUUCUUUCUUUCUUUCUUUCUUUCUUUCUUUCUUUCUUCUUUCUUUCUUCCUUUCUUUUUUCCUCCUUUCUUUCAUUCUUUCGUUUUUUCUUUCUUUAUUUUCCUUUCUUGUUUUCUUUCUUUUCUUUCUUUCUUUCUUCAUUGCUCCUUUUUUCCUCUUUUUUUUUUCUUUCUUUUUUUUAUUUUUCUUUCUUUUUUCUUUCUUUUUAUUUUCCUCCUUCUUUCUUUUUCUUUUUUUUUCUUUCUUUCUUUCUUUCUUUCUUUAUUUAUUUCUUUAUUUCUUUUGCUCCUUUCUUUCCUUCUUCUUUUCAUUCUUUCUUUUUUAUUUAUUUAUUUUCUUUUCCUUGAUUUUUUUUUCUUUUCUUUCUUUCUUUCUUGAUUUCCUUCUUUCCUCCUUUCUUGAUUGCUUUCUUCAUUGCUCUUUCUUUCAUUUUUCUUUCUUUCUUUCUUUCUUUCUUUAUUUAUUUUCUUUAUUCCUUCCUUUUUUAUUUCUUCAUUCCUUUCUUUCUUUCUUUCUUUCUUUCUUUAUUUCUUCAUUGCUCGCUUUCUUUCCUCCUUUCUUUUUCUUUCUUUCUUUCUUUCUUUAUUUAUUUUUUUUCCUUCCUUGA